AUGGGGGAUGCAAAUUCACCAAUGGGCUUCACCUUUCCUCUUCAAGUGCCCGGUGAUACUGUCGACGGGGACGCUGAGGACGAGGCAGCAGAUGGCAACGAAGGAGAUGCCGAUGAUGAUGAUAUUAAGCAUCUGGAGGAGCAGAAGUUCUGUCUACGAGGACUGGGUGUAUCCGACCCUAACACAUUGGACAACCGACUUGUCCUGCCUCAGCAGCAACGCCAACAACAUCAGCCACAAGAUAUUCCGAUCACUUUUGCAUCCAGUGGACCAGAGGCGGUGUCAUUCUCUUAUUCAUCCUCCUCCUCUACUUCAUCCUCAUCUCCAUAUUCUUCAUCUUCGGCGACCGCCUUCCAAUCCAGCUGUCUGCCUGUCCCUCUUUCCACGAUAGCCGAUCGUCAGCUCUCUUCUCCGGCUGUUGGAAAAGCGAGCAAGACCUCUGCUGUUGGUACUCGAUCAAUUAUGUCGGAGGUGAUAGCAACGACAGUUGCCACGAAUUCGACUUCCUCCACAUUUACUUAUCAGAAUCCAAAUGAAAAUCAAACAAAGGAUCUUUUCCGUCUUGAAUGCCUUGCACAGCCUUCGGAUCACUUGAAAACCCCUUCUGCUAACUCAGGGAGCCAUGGCACAUUCGACUUCUCGCCGACUACCAGAACUCUUCUCUCCCCUUCAUCUGCUUUUUCGAACAUGGCCACCUUUACAACUGGUUCUCUUCGCUCUACAUCUGUGACAACACCAGAAGAGACUACAUCUGUAUCUUCUUUGAUGCCAUGUCUAGUUGAGGACGCUUUAGAUGCUUCUGAUGCUACUGCGGAUGUCACUACUGUGCCUGGUUCAGAUGACCUCGUGCCAGGCACCUCCAGCCUGGAUCUUAUAAGUUCUUUAGUUGAUGAGGAGGGUAUCCUUGGCGCCGUAACUGGUGAUCUUUCUCAUGAUGGGCCACCCGACCUCAGGAUCGACUUCUCUGCUAGCCUGCUUCUUUCAGACAUAUUCUCUAUCCCCUCUUCCUCCUUAUCAUCUACUCCUACUACAACGAGCACCAGUUUCGUCAACCACAGACACUCAGGCUUCUGUCAAGCUGCUUCAAAAUCCGCUUCUGGCCUCUCAAUCUUCGACGGCUCUUGUCCUUCUCGGCCUCACUCAGACUGCAGUUCUAUGGCCUCCACCGACUUACCAUCUGUUUUGAGGAUGGCUUCUACGGAGACAACUUAUAUCAAAACACCUACUGCAUCCAGUCAUGUGGCCUCAGUUCGCAACGUUAAUUCAGAAUCCUUCCGACAAAUGCCUCGUGCUCGGAUCCGUCGGACUGAUCGGCCAGUUGCAGGAUUCAGAGGGCCGCAGCGACGCUCAAUCGGAGAUCCGAUGAUACCUACAUCGUCAGCUUCAGUUACUUCUUCUGCUGACUAUAGCUACUGCUUGGCUGGCGAAUCGCAGUCAACUAGCCGAAAAAAUGGAAUUGAGAAGCUGCGGUUCUCGGGGAAUUCAGAUGCAGUUCUGAUAGGAGAUGAUGCGCAAGAUAAGGCUGAUAGUACAAGGAGGGAAGUGUGCCUAUCUAUGAAAAAUGGAGAGAGUGUGGAGGAUUCCUUGGAGCAAGGGGAGGAAGGCACCACUGUUGAUAAAAUCCGCUCUAUGUCAGAUUUUUUCUUCGUUUCCUCACCAUUUUCAGUAGGCUUCUUCACUCAAUCCAGCCUUGCCUGUGAUCUGGCAGGAUCAGGGAUCCCAAAUGUGACAGCCGAUCUAGGUCUCGGUCUUGGGCUCCCCUCUCUGCCUGAUGAUUCUGCUGCUUCGCCCUCCCAUUCCCCUCAUACUUGUGCCACUUCUCUUCUGCAGCCGAUACAGACUGGCUCUAUUUCUGGAGUGCAACCUCAAAACAAUCGCCACCAUCAAACAACACAGGACCAAUUUCAGCACCAUUACUCACAUGGCUUCUCCGAUAGCUCUUUAUCGACUGAUGGACGGUUAGAAUUGUUGUCUCGGGCCCACUCCUUGCCUCUUUUGCUGCCUCCACUUUCACUAAUGAUGUCAGCUUCAUCUACCAACACGCGGAAUCCCACCAUUCCUGAGGGCUGGUCAUCCCCCUCGGAACCCAAAGCUUCCGAUCCCAUCGUCAAAACAUCCAACGCUGGUCUCUUUACUGCGCCACUGCCGCCACUUAAAGUACAAUGUACCAAUCCCAUAAGUCCGCCUCUCACCUCUACCCUUGUCCUACUCACUCCAACCUCUGCAGUUAUCACCACCACCACUGCUGGCAUUAACAAGUCUUUCAGUCUCUCCUCUCUUGAGCAGGCCAGGUCAACAUGCCGCCUGGUCCAGAAUGAAUCCGGUAUGUAUGAAGCUGAAUCUAACAUUCGCAGCAGGAAUGCAACUAGUGUCAGCAACGAUAAUAGUGACACCGUCUCUACCAUCACCCAUAUUCCGUCCGCCACUUUUGGCUAUGAAUGUUCGUCUCGACCUUUGGUCCCCGACUCUCCCACGCAUAUGAAUAGCCAAUCCGUUAUUUUUCCUGGCCACUCUAGCAAUGGCUUUCCCGCCUUACAAAGUGCAACCCAGGGGAAAGUUGGAACUAUCCCCACAUCCUCGGUAGACAUGCAAGACUCUGGAGAAAUCGGUUCGGUGCUUAAGGGCUCUACUAAACUGGUUUUCGCUGAUUCCCUUGUUUGCCAGACAUUGAUCCAGUUUCCGGAGCCUGCAAUAGCUGAUGGCAUAGUCGGUGAUAGAGUUUUAUCCCGUUCGUCAAAUUCAGGAGCUACAAAUCCGGCUCCGACAAGCUUUCUGAUUGCUGCACCUUCAGGAUCUCCUUUCACUUCAGGAUCCUUGAAGCCCCGAGACAAUUUGGUCGUUUCAUCGUCCAUUCCUGCGAUACAGAUGAAUGCUCAUAUGCCACACAAUCUUCAACAGCAUCAGGUACAUCAGCAACGACUCCAACUUCAGAAGGUCGACAGAGAGACAAUAUCAUCGGCUCACUUGGCUUACCCUGGCCAGCUAACUGUUCCUCACACCUUGGACCAUUCAACACCGAAUUACCUGUCACCGGCUCUCUGCCAACUCCAGCCGAUCUCAUUGUUGCCACCCGGAACUGCCGACCAUGGAACUAGCAGAAUAUUAACGGGUCAUGGCUCGAUUUCUUCUAGCGCCCAGUUCAUCACAACCGCACCUCAACCCACAACCUGUGGACUUAGAUCGCCUGGUGGCUUACCUCAUCACGAUUCCGCUGGCUCGCAGACGCUAGGUUCACUUAACCAGACACCCCAAGUGUCCAUUGCCAUGUGCUCUGGAAACGGUCCCUCAGCCUUUCUGAUGCCUGUUUGUGCAUGUUCCUCAGCAUUGCCUACAGUAAGCGCUGUCAUUGUGACUGCCGGUGCGGAGGCCUACGGCAAGGCGGAGUUUGGCGUCAACUCUGCGGCCGUAAUCUCGCCCGUUAGUCGUAGCUAA